UGAGAUAACUAAAUUAUCCCAAAACGAACUUCCGCUCCCUUAUCAUACCAAACUCGAUUCAUUGUCAUCUCCCCCAAGUGGAGAGCCAGAGACGAUAAUCAAGCAUCAACAAUGAAGAUAAUGGUGGCCAUAAAACGAGUUGUCGACUAUGCCGUGAAGAUCAGAGUGAAACCCGACAAGACGGGAGUUGAGACCAACAACGUGAAGAUGUCGAUGAACCCAUUUUGCGAGAUAGCAUUGGAGGAAGCUCUCAGGAUCAAGGAAUCAGGGUUAGCCUCCGAGGUUGUUGCUGUCAGUAUGGGCCCCUCACAGUGCGUGGAUACUUUGCGGACGGGUCUAGCUAUGGGAGCUGAUAGAGGGAUUCAUGUUGAGGCCACCUCCGUGCUGUAUUCGUUGACUGUGGCUAAGAUUUUGAAGAGUCUUGUUGAGGUUGAGAAACCCGGUUUGCUUUUUCUGGGAAAACAGGCAAUUGAUGAUGAUUGCAAUCAAACAGGUCAAAUGGUUGCGGGGCUGCUCAGCUGGCCACAGGCUACCUUUGCUUCUAAGGUGUUGAACACGUUACCAGUACUACAGCUCUCUCACUCAAGAUGA